AUGUCGAUGGACAAGAAUUCCAAGAAUGCCAAGAAUGCCAAGUCUCAAGUGGAAGAAGAAGGGUCAUCCGGUCAAGAUGGCGAGGCCACACAACCCAGAUUACUGUUGACCCUGUUGUUGUUUGUCCUUGUGGCAUCUGGCUUGUACAUGUGGGAUGUAAACGCCGCCGAUUCUGACAUGGUUGACCUCGAGAUACAGAAACCCCAAACUGCGGCUACGUCUUCGCUAGCUACUCCAACACUACCAACUAACGAUGCCAGUCCUGUUGCGGUGGUCCCUUCCGAUGCAUCCAAUCCGGCAGAGGAUUUGAGUGUGAAUGUGACUGUGGGUGAGGUUGCUUCCGAUGCGCCUGGUACGACAGAGACUCCCAUUUCUGAAGAACAAGACUCCCCAUCGUCGUCGUCAAGUGGAGGCGGUGGCGGUGGCGAUUUUGACGCGAGUUGUAGUGACGUUUGCACGAAAAGGGAAGCCAACCGUAAGAAAAAGUUUGGUGGCGACCUUUUGGACUUUCAAGAGCUGGUCAGGUUGGCCGAAGCAGAACAUAAAAAGGUGGAAUCCGCACUUCGAGAAGACUAUGGGGAGUAUUUUGAUCCCAUGUUUGUCAAGAACGGAACAAACCCGGACGGUGGAACACAUUAUCAUGGAAUGAAACCACCUAAUGAAGGCGGUGCAUCCAGAGAACGGAUGAAGCGAAAAAUGAAGCUUAAGAUUUUGAAGAUGAUGUCUUCCAUCAAAGCGACGGAGAGCAAUGUCCAUGGAUGCGAUUGCAUUGGAAAAUCAGGAUCAGUCGACUCAGGAGUUGAUGAAGAUGUUCUGACAACUAUUCCAGAAUUCUAUGAAAAGUACGUCUUUGCCAAUGGUGGACAUUCGAAUGCAGCUGGGCAUGGAAAUAUGUUCAAUGAGUCAUAUACUGCUGUCUUUGGUAGAGAUGUUCGGCCAAUCAUGGAAGCAAUCGGGAUUGAACUGAUUGAUAGAAACUACGCCAUGGGAGCAAUGAGGUCAUUUCCAUUUAUGAGUUCCUGCACUAAAGAAGUAUACGGGAAAGACGUCGAUCUUCUGGCUUGGAAUUUUGGUAUGACGGAUGGCAAGAUGCCUUCUGCUGCUCACUAUGUCUAUCGCGGAGCGGUGAUGCCUAACCAUCCAGCGAUUGUCAUGGUGGAUGCAACCAUUGCUCCAGGAUUGAAUCCAUUGUUCGAAAAAGUGGGCCUUGCCAUGUUCGAGUCAAAAGCGGACACUCCUCAAUUUGAUGGGGCACCGGAUUUGACUCCUGAUGGUAUCCCAAUUCCUGAUAAAGAGGCCAACAAACUGCCGCCAAUGGUCAAAUAUUUAAAGUGUGGUCGAAGGUUUGAAGGAAAAGAUCUUUGCUUUGGAAAGAAAUGGAGUUGCACUGAUCGAAUGAAAAACUCAGGGGUCGACUGUAUUUGCCCUCAUAUUGGGAAGCGAUCGAGCUGGCAUAUGGGAUACAGAAUGCACGCGUUGCAUGGGCAUCUGCUCAGUCUUCCGUUCAUUGAGAUGUUACUGGAGGCACUGAAAGAACUAGUGGAGACAGAGACUUCUGAUUUCGAAGAGCUACUGGCCGAUAUACAAAAGGAAGAAGAUGUUGAAUUCCAACAGUUCAUGGAAAGUCCGCUUUUGACUCAGAUGUUUGGGGAUCAGUAUGAUCCACUUGGUAACGCAACUGAUCUAUCGUUUGAAACCUGGUUCAGAGGGAAUAGUAUAUGUCGCACUACUUUCGUGCCGGCUCAGUCACGCUUUCUUGGUCUGAUGACAGAAAGUAACAAGACCGGAGAUGUCGCAAUGUAUACCCAUGAGACCUAUGAGACUGGCUUUUACUAUACAGCCCGUGAUGGGAAGUCCGGCGGACGCUUUGUGUUUGUGGGAAGUGAAAGGCCUCCUGAAGGCAAGUUCUCACUCGUUGCGAGGAAACCUGAACGUGCUGGUUGGAAGGACGUUGCCGCAUGGGAAGCAGAGUGCCCAGCGGUUGUAAUGCCGGAUUAUAAAGACUGGUUGUAUGCACCACUUGUGGAUGGAAAAGCAUCAAUCACCUUUCCAAACGAAAAGGAGAAGGCAUAUUAUGGAUACGAUCCAAAAAAUUUCAAGGGCAUCAUUGCAGUCAUCAUGGCUAUCCCAGAAGGCUGCAAGAAGUGUCCUCACCCGUAUGACCAUACAUUUGCCGACUUUGUGUUGGGCAAUGCUUUCAUGACAGUCAAUUCCAAACCUGUCAAGAGGGCGUUUCUCUUGAGCAAUGCCAUGAUCUUGGAAGGGGACGGCGGAAACAUAUUUUGGGAGCCCGAUCCCAAAACAGAGGACUACACGAUUGAAUUCAUAGCAGGUCCCAAUACAACUGAGUAUCAUUUAACUCUUUCCACCCUUGUUCUGAUGUAA